AUGAAAAAGCGCCUGACUUCCGGGUGGAUUUCCUCGCACAUGCACCGAAAAAUCGUCACGUUAUUCGUCAGCAGCAUCGCCCUCGUCCUGAUCCUCUUUUGCCUCGCUCCGUUAGAAAAACGAACGCCCAUCAAAAAUUAUCACACGAGAGAUAAUAUUUAUCCACACCAGCCAAACAGAGAAUAUCUUUUCUAUCCAGCGAAUGAAGAGCUUGACGAUUUGCAAGGAAGAAGGUUUUUAAAAGUCAAAAAUUUACGCACGCCAAAAGACGAUGAGUGCCAAGCAGACCCGGACGGGCGAGAAAAGCGCAAAUUACUGCCAAAUGUCAUCGGCUUAGGAGCUAAGAAAUGCGGCACCACCGCGCUGCACUACUACAUGACGGCGCAUCCGAAAGUCAAAGUCUCUCCAGAUCACGAAGAGCUCGCUUUCUUCGACAAAAAAUGGGAAAACGGGAUCGACUGGUAUCUCGAUCGACUGCCAGAAGUUGCAGAAGAUGAAAUCGUUUUUGAAAAGACGCCGAAAUACUUUGUCUACCCACCAGCGCUUGAUCGGAUAGCAGAAACCGUUCCAAACGCAAAAUUCAUCUUGGUGAUUUGCAACCCGAUCGACCGCGCCUUUUCCGAUUUCAACCACAAAGUUCGCAAAUCGUCUGGCUUCAGAAAUUUCCUCGCACAAAAUCAGAUUCAAAACUUUGACGAUUUCGUGAUGCGCACUUCGACCAGGCUGAGAAUUUUGAAGGAAAAGAAGAUGACGGCGCUGUUGGAAAAUGAUUUGUACAAUAGUACUACGAAUAAUGGUCAUUUAUCCAUCCUAACAGUCGGUUUCUAUUCGUAUUAUCUUCAAAAAUUCAUCGCGAAAUUCUCCCGCCAACAGUUUUUAAUCUUGACUGGAGAAGAAAUCCGCCACUCUCCCCGAGAAGUUAUGGACAAAGUACAGGGCUUCAUGGACUUGCCGCGCUGCGUCACUGGCGACAACUUUGUGUUUAAUUCAACCAAGGGCUUCUACUGCGUCGUUAAUUACAAGGGCGAGGAAGUUUGCUUGGACUCCAGUAAGGGAACCAGCAGGAAAGGAGAGGAGCAAAAAUACUUGAUAGAAACAGCCGAAGAAUUGGCAAAUCUCUACGGGCCCUACAAUCGUGAGCUUUCCAAACUCGGCAUCAAUGUUUCCUGGCCCUUUCCAACUGAAGAACCCUAG